CGUGCUUAAUAUAGUUUUCACGCGGAUCCCUAUUGAAAAUUGCCAAUAGGACAGCUGUUACAGAGGGAUCUCGCAUGAUCUUCGAACCUCUACUUUGUCACUGCUUCUAUAGUAACUUGGCAGAUUGGUCCAAAAUUGCUCUGACUGCGACUCUAACUUUCGAAUUUAACCGAGACAAAUUCAACAUGAAAUCUUCGUAUUUUUAUAUAAAUUUCUUACGAGACUUAACAAAAUUAUUAAUGAAAUAUAACUACAAUUACAUGCUCUUUUACAUUUUUGCGCAGUACGCGCUUCUUCGAUUGAAAACAUUAAUUAAUGCAAAAUUUAACUGGAUUAUUUUGUCUGAUACCACUCUAAAAAAUUUAAUAAAACAAUUUCAUGAUAAGAGAAAUUAUUAUAUAGACUGUAAUUCUUGUUUAUUGACGAACAUAAAAUAUUUUGAAAUUACUAAACCAACUUGGUUUUACAUAUGUUCCAUAGUAUCUGUGAAAAAAUACAAAGUUUUAGUUGUACCUUUGAACAAUUCUGAUGAAAAUGAAAUAUUUAUAUCAGAUACUAUGAAAUAUAAUAUAGAAAAUGCAUUGCAUUGCACUACCAAUAAAUGCUUUUUACUGCCAGCAAAAGAUGAUACUGUUAGCUUUGCUAGAAAAGCCAAAAUUUCUAUGAUUUCUAAUCAAUAUGAGAGCACAGAUAAUUUAAUAAAUAUUCUAUUAGAAAAUUAUUUUUCAGAACCUAGAUUUUUAAGGAAAAAUGAUUUAUUUGGCAUUAACAUAAAGGAACAUAUACUAGAUCAAACAUAUUUGCAUACAAAUUCUUCAAUGUCUGUAAUAUAUUUUAAAGUCAACUCUAUUAUCAAUGACAACGGAGAUUAUACAAAUGAUGGUAGUUAUAUUUUAUAUGCAGAAACUACUCUUGUUCAAGAAUCAGAUGUACAUAGUUAUUUACCUCAAAAACAUUUUGUUUACAAUGAAAUCAAAGAGAAAUAUGUAAAUUCAUAUCCACCAAGUUUAGCAGCACCUCUGGAACAUUUAGAAUGUUGCAUUUUGCCAUUUAUUAAACAAGAUAUUCAGUUACCAAUAAAGCCUAUAUUUCUUAUUAAGGGACCACAGGGUUCGAAUAAACGUAAAUUAGCGCAAAUUUUAGCUGAGAGAAUGGGUUUAAACUUUCUUAAUACAGACUUUGCUGAAGUUCAAGCUUUAACAUCAGCACAAACAGAGGCUAAACUACGUAUUGUACUGCAUAAUGCUAAACAAUCGGUGCCAUGCAUAUUAUGUUUAAAUAAUAUAGAGGUAUUUGGAAAAAAUUCUGAAGGCCAAAAAGAUGAAAGAAUAAUAUCAAGCUUUUCAAACCAAAUAAAUUCAUUGUAUAAUAAACGUUUGAAACUUCCUAUUAUUAUAGUAGCUACAACAAAUGAAUCUGAUAUACCAGCUGAACUAAACAGAAUUUUCAUUGAAUCGAUCCACGUGGAACAUUUAGAUCAGAACGAAAGAACAAAUUUAAUUUCAUGGUUGCUCAUGAAACGAAAUCUUGACCAUCAAGUUAAUUUAUCAAAAAUUUCUAGUAUAUGUUCGGACUUUAGAUAUUCAGAUUUAUCAACGCUGAUAUUAAAUGCCGUAAAAUUUCGGUGCAAAGAUAAUGCUAAGAAUUUAAAAUCGCUAACACUUUCACAAGAAGACUUUGAUAAAGCUUAUGAAUACAUGCAAUCGGUAUAUACAGAUUGUAAAGGUGCACCGCGUGUACCAAAAGUUUAUUGGGAAGACAUAGGUGGCUUAAUGAAUUUAAAACACGAAAUAAUGCGUCGAAUUCAGUUACCUUUGAUGAAUGCUCUAGGGUUUGGACAGUCUGGUCUUCUUUUGUAUGGACCACCAGGGACCGGAAAGACGCUUCUCGCUAAGGCCGUAGCAACAGAAUAUCAGCUUCACUUUUUAUCAGUUAAAGGUCCCGAAGUAUUAAAUAUGUAUGUCGGCCAAAGCGAGAAAAAUGUUAGACAAGUGUUCGAACGGGCAAGAGCAGCAGCACCAUGUAUAAUAUUUUUUGACGAAUUGGAUUCAUUAGCACCCAAUCGUGGUCGAAGUGGUGAUAGCGGGGGUGUGAUGGAUCGUGUGGUAUCUCAAUUACUCGCUGAAAUGGAUGGUCUUGAUAGCUCCAAUAGUAUAUUCAUUAUAGGAGCUACAAACAGGCCGGAUUUGAUAGAUCCAGCUCUUCUUAGACCUGGCCGAUUUGAUAAGCUACUAUACGUAGGAAUUCAUUCCGAUCGUGAUUCACAGCUUAGUGUGUUAAAGGCACUGACUCGUAAAUUCACAUUCUGCGAAAAUGGAAAAGAGUUAGAGCAGUUAAUCUGUCAGUUACCCGAGCACACAACUGGUGCUGACUUAUAUUCUAUCUGUUCUAAUGCAUGGUUGAACGCUGCGCGCAGGGUUUUAAAUAAUUAUCACGAUAAUUCCAAUGAAAUUAAAUUGGACGAACGUGUUGCUGUAGAAUUGGAAGAUUUUCUAAAAGCCGCGCGUGAAUUAAUUCCUUCAGUCAGUAAAGAAGAAGCAGAAAGAUACAGAAAAAUGCAAAUAGAAUUGUCUUCUGUAUCGUGAGAUGUUUAUCGUGUCAGGUAUUGCACUAAACGGUUCGUCUUACAUGCUAAUGCGCGACAAAGAUAAUACCGAUUUGUUUUUUUUUGGGGGGAGAACGGUCUUUAAAAUAUAUAUACCAAUCAAACUAGUAUACAAUGUAGAAAAAUAGAAUAGUUGAAUUUAUUGAGUUAUUGAGACGAUGAAGUUUUGUAACUAAUAGCUCUUUUUUUCAAACUGUGAUAAUCGGAAUUUAAUGAUUAUUUUAUUACAAUUAUUAAUACAGUAAAUAAAUAUCUAUUCUUAUUAAAAA